AUGACAAAUUUCCAGACUUAUAAAGAAACAUUUAUGUCAAAAAUUAAUGAACCGAAUUCACAACGUCGAAUGGUUCUUUUCGUUGUCUGUAUAGCAUUACUAUUGGAUAAUAUGCUAUACAUGGUGAUUGUACCAAUUAUCCCUGAUUAUCUUCAAAAUCUACGUGCAAUGGAUACAAAACAAAUCUACUGGACCAAUGGUACAUAUACAGAAAGACUGAAAGAUAAUAACUUUGUGUUUAACACAUCAAGUGGUGAUUAUAAGCUUAAAUGGCUUGUACAUCAAUCGGAAACUAAAAUCGGUACAUUAUUUGCAUUUAAGGCUAUUGUACAACUAUUGUGCAAUCCAAUAUCAGGAACUGUUAUCGAUCGAAUAGGCUAUGAUGUCCCUAUGAUGUUUGGUUUAUGCAUUAUAUUUCUAUCAACAUCCGUGUUUGCAUUUGGAAGUUCUUAUGGUUUAAUGUUUAUCGCAAGAGGACUUCAGGGCAUGGGUUCAGCUUUUGCAGAUACAGCUGGCUUAGCUAUGAUAGCCGAUCGGUACACUGAUGAAUAUGAGCGCACAAAAGCAUUGGGAAUAGCACUGGCGUUUAUAUCGUUUGGCUCCUUAGUUGCUCCUCCUUUUGGUGGGAUAGUUUAUCAAUACUUUGGAAAAGAAUUACCAUUUAUAACACUUGCAUUCAUAGCACUUUUCGACGGCUGUCUAUUACUGAUCAUUAUGCAGCCAGUUAGAAUAGAAAGAACAAUUUUAAAAACUCAAGGAAAUUUACCUAAAGGAACUCCUAUCCAUCGACUGUUAAUGGAUCCAUAUAUUGCUAUUUGUGCAGGAUGUCUUACAGUAGCUAAUGUUUCACUUGCCUUCUUAGAACCUACCAUAUCAACAUGGAUGUCAAACAGUAUGCACGCUACAAAUGCUCAAGAAGGUUUAGUAUGGUUACCUGCAUUUUUACCACAUUUAGCUGGAGUUGUAACAACAGUUAAACUGGCUGAUAAAUAUCCAAGUAAACAAUGGUUAAUGGCUGCAGUUGGUUUAGCAAUCGAAGGUGGGAGUUGUUUCUUGAUACCAUUCUGUACUAAUUUUGUUGCAUUAAUGAUUCCUAUCAGUAUACUAUGUUAUGGAAUUGCACUAGUCGAUACAGCAAUAUUACCAACAAUGGGUUUCCUAGUGGAUACACGUCAUGUUUCAGUGUAUGGAUCUGUGUAUGCUAUAGCUGAUAUCUCUUACAGUUUAGCUUAUGCAUUAGGGCCAAUUGUUGCUGGUAGUUUGGUGGAUACAAUUAAAUUUCUUGGGCUUAAUAUUAUCAUGACAGCGAUAACAUUAGGCUAUGUACCUGUUAUGUAUCUACUUCGUAAUUGUUAUAAUGUUGAAAGACCAAAAAUUCAAGAAACACCAACAUUGAAAAAUGACUCUGUUGAUGAUUCACAUCAACCAGAUGAGUAUACUUCAUCAAUAAAUUAUCCAGGCUAUGAAGAAUAUUCAACUAUUAAAGGUGAAGCUAACCAUCAUUUCAUUAAUCCUAAAAAUCAAUAUAAUUAUCAAUCAGCAGCAAGUUAUGAAAAUUCCAAUAAAAAUAAGACUGAUAUAGACAAUAAAUUUAUAACUCAACGAUCAGAUUAUGCCUAUUAA